CAGCUGCAAGCACCGAGCCGCUGCGCUCUGCAGCCGCAGGUAACGCUCCAGCUCCAGCUCCCCGGCCCGGAGCCCAGGCGCCAGCUGUUGGACCCUGGCCGGGAGAGCUUUGGGAAGAUGAACCAGAGAGGAAAGCUCCUGGAUGCCCUCUGGGAGGAAGAGGAAGAGGAAGAGGAUGGGGUGGUUGCCAGUGCCUCCUCCAGCCUCCGCCUGAGUGAAGCAGGGGAUGUGCAGGUGGAGAUGCUGGAAAAGGCCAGGGAGCUCUUUCAGUUGUGUGACAAGGAGGAGAAGGGUUUCAUCACCAAGCUGGACAUGCAGCGGCUGCAGAGUGAACUGCCCCUGACCCCAGAACAGCUGGAGGCUGUCUUUGACAGCCUGGAGCAGGACAAUAAUGGGUACCUGACACCUGUCGAGUUCAGCAUGGGACUAGGGAAAUUCAUAGGGAUUGAGCUGUAUCAAGGAUCUGGGAGCACAGAUCACUCCAGACAUGAGGAGACCUUUGAGUCAGGCUGGUCAGACGACUUGGACCAGACAGAUGACGAAGAGGAGAAGCGAUUUUGUUCAAUGAUGGAGCAGCUUGGAGCAGCCCAGGUCUUUGAAGAUCAGAGUGAGGUUCGGGAACUCUGGACUCGUCUCCGGAAAGAACGGCCAGAUCUUUUGGCCAGCUUUGAGGAGUUCCUGUUCCAUGUUUCAUCGUACAUCAGGGAGGUGCAUUAUGAGAAGGAAUCCAUGGAGCAGGCAUUGAAGAGGAAGGAGACAGACCAUGACAGAGAAGUCAGGUGUCUCUAUGAAGAAAUGGAGCAACAGAUCAAAGCGGAAAAGGACCGACUGGUUUGCCAGGAAUCGCUGAGGCACGACAGGAGCAACCUGCUGCAGAAGGAGCUGCGCAGCAAGGAGCAGGAGCUUGAGAAAAUCCUCUACCGGCAAAAAAAGCUGGAACAUCAAAUACAAUCUCUGAACUCUGAGCAGCUGGAGACCCGGCUGCAGAACGAGCGGCUCCAGCUUCUCAAUGAAAACCUCCUGGAGCAGCUGGAGAGAAGCAAGUGGGAGCUGGAGGUGGCCAAGGGGCAUCUGGAGCGUCUCCAGAAGGAGGCUCAGUGUGAGGAGGAACAGAAAGACAGGGAUGUGUUCAGAGUCUCUAAGAAUAUGCAGAAAGAGAAACAAAGUCUUCUUCGACAGCUGGAGCUCCUCAGAGAGAUGAACAAGAAGCUUCGGGAUGACAGAGAUGCCUUUGAAGCCAAGAAGCUGCCCUGCCACCGUGUUCCAUUGGUGAAGACAUGGAGGGGACAGCCUUCCAGCAAUGUCAAUGAGCGUGCAAGGAGGCAAAGCAGAGGGCUGGGUCAGCUGGUUCCUGGGGAUCUUCCUCUCACUUUCCUGGAGGACAUGACUGUGGAAGACCCCAAUAAGAAGAACUGUAAAUACUUCCUGGCCACCACAACGGCACUGAAGAAGGGGAAAGCAAGCAGAAUGAGCUUUGGAGAGGGCCGCACCGCAGGCUGCAAGCGAGAGCGGCAGCAAAUGGCAGGGGCUGGCAGGCACCCAAAGAUGGCUCUGAAGGGUGAUAUCAACUGGAGGCAAACAGCAGAUGAAUUGGAUCAUGAUGCCCCAUUGUCCCCCAGAGAGCAGCCCAUUGGCACUGAAACCAUGGCACCUGAACCAGUCAGCUCUUCUCCAGAACGUCUCUUCAAAGUGAUGUUUGUGGGCAACUCUGGCAUAGGCAAGAGCUCCUUCAUCCAUUGCUUUUGUUACGACAGGUUCUUGGCUGAGAUCAGUGCAACCAUUGGUAUUGAUUACCAGGUGAAGAGUUUAAUGGUGGAUAACACACAGGUGGCCUUGCAGCUGUGGGACACAGCGGGCCAGGAGAGGUUUCGGAGCAUCACCAAGCAGUAUUUCCGGAAGGUGGAUGGUAUCUUUGUGAUGUAUGACAUCACUGAUGAGUGCUCCUUCAUGGCAGUGCAGAACUGGAUGAGUAGCAUCCAGGAAGGGAUUGAGGAUGGGGCCAUGAUCUUUCUACUUGGAAACAAAAUGGAUGCAGCAGAGAGAGAGACCCAGCAUGUGCCCAAGAUGGAGGGGGAAAGGCUGGCGAAGGUGCGGCUCUGUAUGCUACUCCUUGCUCCAAAGGAAUACAAGGCUGUCUUUUAUGAGUGCAGUGCUAUGACUGGCUAUAACAUCCUGGAGCCCAUGUUACAUAUGGCAAGGCUGCUGACAGCUCAAGAGGACAAGCAGAGGGAAAGUGCCCUGCACCUGGAAGAGUACCACAAGAGGAAGGGAUGCUGCAUGUGAUGAAGUAAAGAGCAUUCCUCAGGAGCAUGUGGGGGCUGCACAUGGCUGGCUGGUUAUCAGCUCCAUAGGGACUCAGGAAGGUGCAAGCUUGUCCCAAGAAGGAACAUCCAGACGUUAAAAUGAAGCAAGCUUGUUGCAACAGAAUAAUUCUAAUCUCCCUCCCCACCUCUAUCCCUAUGCUCUCAUACAACUGCAGCAUUCCCCUCCUCCCCCAACUCCAGGGACAUACUGCUUGAGAUGUUGCAUUGGCUUCACAGAAACUGGUUCUCCCCUUUGCUUGUUCCUUUUGUGUCACACACAGGUGAACGGAGGGCACCUCUAACACUCCGUUUUAAAUAAGCUAAAGCAAUGUCCAGCUGUGUAAUAAAGAGAUGAUUAUUUUAA